AUGUUAACGUCUUUAUUAAAGCGAAAUCUCAAAAAACAAUUCAAACAGCUCAGGGAAGAUGCGCUCAGUCAGGAAAGCACUUUUCAGUCAGAAAUCGAACAGUAUCAAAAUGAAAAAGAUAAGUUGAGGGAACAGCUACAUGACGUUGAACACAAAAUAAUCGAUCUGAACGCGGCACUACAGAAAAAUUGCAACGAAGGUGUAGAACUGCUGGCAGUGAAGCAGAAUGUAGAAAAAAGAUUCAAGGAAAAACUUGAGAAACAAAAGACAGAAGUGGAAAAUGCCACAAAAGGAAGAAUGGAGAAGAUAGAGCGACAAUGUCAUUUGACAGCUUUGGAAAUCGUUCAAUAUGAACUUAUGCUCAAAAAGGCUCACGAAGAAAACAUGGAACUUUACUAUCGCUUUUACAAAAUUGAUAAUUCUCUCCAAAGCGUGAAAUUUUCUGUAGCGGAACCAGCGAAUUUUCAACGUCAAUUAAAGGAGAAGUUAGGUACACUUGUAAAGAAAUUUAGAAAUGAAGCAAACAAUUCGAAGAAGAAGAUGAUGAUGUACGUCUUGAAUAAUUUUGAGGCUGCAGUGAAAGUCAUCUUAAGUGAUCAGCCUCAUUUCUGUUACUUGAUCAAGUCAGGCAUAACCUUAGCUUUUGCAGGAAAUGAAGAAAUAAAUGAAGGGGACUGCAAAGAAUUGACUUCAAAAAUCUAUUCUCUACUGGAGUUCUACCAGAAACGAACGGAAAAACUGACUAACAGUGUUUGGCAUAUUACUAAUUGCAUGGGAAGGAUGGAACAGAUAAUGAAACGUGUGGGUGAUUCGAACAAUAUUCUUACUAUGGACGAAUGUACGCAUAGUAUUUCCCGAAAUAUGCGAGAACUAGAAGAUAUGAAAAGUAAAUUUGAAAUACUACAUAAAGGAACCAAUGAGAUGUGUCAGAAAAUAAGGUCAGAGAUUUGCAACGGCAAGGAAUUAGAGAAAUUGAUGGUGGAAGGAAAUAGAUUAGUAGAGAUUUGCAAGAGAAUUGCUUACAAACAACAGGAACUAAGAGUGAAGCAAGUUAACGCAGAACUAAAAUAUGGUCAACUACAUAAGCAAAUCCUCGCUGGUUCAAAAAUGCUUCGCUUUUAA